GAUCCGUAAAUAUCGGCAAUUUUCCCCGGAAAAAAUGUCAAGAGGAGGAGGGAUAACGAAUGCCGUAAACGUAGGGAUUGCAGUCCAGGCCGAUUGGGAGAAUCGCGAAUUCAUCUCUCACAUUUCCCUCAAUAUUCGUCGCCUCUUCGAAUUUCUCCUUCAAUUCGAGUCUACGACGAAGAGCAAAUUAGCAUCAUUGAACGAGAAGCUCGACACUUUAGAACGUCGUUUGGAGCUUCUUGAAGUUCAAGUCGGAACUGCUUCUUCAAACCUUUCUCUUUUCAGUACGUGAUUCCAGUUUCGAAUUGUAUUUGUUUUCAUGUCUUUGUCCUGAUUCUGUUCUGAUUACAGUUUUUUUUUUCUCGUUCGGUAGACCUUGUAGAAAAGUUUUGCUUC